AUGUCUUCCUCCAUGGGCUCACCCAGCCCAGCAGGCCCGUCCCUCCGCCGCAGCAACCGCUCAGCCUCUGCCAUCCCGGCAUCCCCAUCCUUUGCCUCGGACAUGUCUGCUGCCGACUUGUCCACGUUUGACUUUGAGUCGUCCGACGACGAGGCUGGAGUCUUCUUUGGCGCACACCGGCCCAUCGAGCGCAAGAUUGUCGCAGCCCUGUCCCGCUCCAUCACUUCCUCGCCAGGAGCUCAACGAGGAGACUUGCACAGUUCACCAUCGGGUCCCCGCCGCUCGUCAUUAGCCAACCGCGUCAAGAAACGUGACUCGCGCGAGUUUCUGCGCCGCAAGACCCUCCUCCUGCCGUGCUCACCAGACAAGACAGCGGCAGCGGCAACACCGACCACAGCUGCAACUGCCGCAUCCGGAGAAAAGGUCUGGGAGGGUGGCUUCUUUGAGAAGGCGGCCGAAGGCGACCAAGCGCCAGUACCACCACCACAAGAACUUGACUCUCCUGCCAGCGGCCCGUCCGAUGCUCGACCUGACGCUUUCUCUGUGGAGACCGCAUCACUGCACAUGCUGACCGAUGUGCCUCCCUCGCCCGACCACGACGAUUACCUCAGCCGCCCAGACUCGGAUGACGAGACAGACAAGGAGAACACCAUGGUCCCAGAGCCGUACAUGGGGUCCGAUGAAGAUGACGAAUAUAGACCCAGUGUGGACGCUCCAACAGUCACACUGGGCUUUGGCGAUGCCCAAGACGCCAAUGACAUUUCGACUCAGUUGGAUUUGGGUGGUCUGAGUCUGCUCGACCUCGACGACCCCGAGAUUGGGCCAUUGGAAUCACCGACGCGAGACCCGUCGUUUGAAGUGGACCUGGGCGAGUCUGACAGUGCCAGCGGCUCGGACAGCGUCGACUCGAGCACCAUUAGCUCCAAGUUUGUGCUGUCUGAUCCAUUUGUCUACACUGCUGCCCUUGGGGACGCCCAGUCGACGGACAUUCCAGACAGUCCCCCGCCGGCCGUGUCGGAGACCGCCUCGCCUGUCCCUUGCACACCUGUCAAGGAGGCCAGCGGUGACGAUGACGACACCUCGUUUGCGUCCGACAUGACGUCGCCAGUGGGACGCGGUCCAGUCAUCUUACCUGUCUUCAGCAUCCGUUCACCUGUGGCUCACACCACACCUGUCCGUGGCCUUGAGCCCUCGGCAUUCUUUGACGACCUCCCGCUCCCUCAGUUUGGCACCGACGAGGCCUUUUCCCUCCCCUCGCUCGAAAGCCCCAACUCGAGGGGCACGACAACACCACGCUACCCAGCGUUGUUACCGCUGGCCACCCCGGCUUCGGCCCGUAUCGGUAGUCUCACCCCUGCUCGAUCAGUAGGCAAGCUCAAGCCCAUCGAUCUCGGCGACCGCCCUGUCAAGGUGUUAAAGUCUGUUCACGCCGGCGGAGCGUUGCAUUCCAGGUCUGAGAAUGACCGGCGUGUGGAAAAGGCCAAGGAGCGCGCCAACCGUAUCAACGGCCAGCUCGAUGCCAUCUAUGCGUCCAAGUUGGCCCCCACAGCGCGUCCUACGGCGGCGACCAUGUCGACCAAGAUCCCCGAACGCGUGAGCGAAUCGGUCCAGAAGCCCCGCGUUCGUGUAGGCGACUCGUCCUCUGCGCCCUCUCGCUCCACCGCACUCUGGCCCAAAAAGAUCAUGCGUCCCUCUGCACCGGCUAGUGUGUUAAAGUCGGCGUUGAAACCGACCAGCACGCUUCCCACGCCACGCCCAGCCUCUGCACAGCCCAACAAGCGACUUGCGCCAACAACUGUCAAGGCCAAGCCGAAUGGACUCCCACGCCCCGUCGCUCGUCGCCCGAUGGCACCGCCCUCUGUCGUGGCCGGCCCCUCGUUUGCUCAGCCGACGAAGUCGACGUCUCUGCACGCCGGUCGACCCGUUGUCGCUACGCCGACGACUACGGGUGUCAAGCGCCCAUUCUCCGCCACGCAACCCGUGUCGGCACACCCCGCGGCGGCAGCAGCUGCUGGCCGACUUGGCCUUCCAUCUCGCAUGACGCACAGCAGUGCCCCCAGCGCAUCCCCAUUUGCCUUUGGCGGUGCCUCCACACUGUCCGUUGGCGGUCCGCUCUCACACCCUCCCGUACGCUCUCCCUCGCGAACCCUCGGUAGCUCUUUGGGCAAGCCUUCACGAGGCACCGGGACCACUCCGACACCGCAGAGGACGCUCAAGCUGGGGACCCCAUCCAGGCCCAUGGCCACGCCGCUCAAGUCUGGUCCCAUGCGUCCCAUGGCGUACUCUUCGUACACGGCUCAGCCCAAAGUCACGCUUGUCCCAGAGACCACCGAGCCUGGCCCCGCGCCAGUCGACGGCGGCGACUCGGCGUCGGGCUCUGCGCCGACUGAGCGCUCUGGAGAUUCUCCCUCGAGCUCGUCUUCCAACAGCGGCGGUGACGCUGGAAAUGGCGGCGACCGCACCCCUCCCGCGGGCAAUGGCAGCGACGGCGGCAGUGCAGGCAACAACAACAAUGCUGGCCACACUCCACCCGAGCGCCCGCCACCGUCAAGCUCACCGCCCGAUGAGUCUCCGCCAGCCGACGACGUUGCGAACGAGGCGGAGAAGAUGGAUGUCGACGAGGCCAAGCCAGCUGCCGAACCCGCCGCCAAAGAGCCAUCUCCAUCAACACCACCUCCAGGAGACGACGUGUCCUCGCCAGUGCCAACUGAGAUUGAUGUCGACCCGCCAGAGGACAGUACUCCCCCUGCUCCGCCUUCGUCCGCCGAGGAGCCGCCUCAGCCUGCCGCCGAGUCGUCAUCGCUGAGGCGCACAUCCAAGCGUUCUGUUCGUCCUCCGACCAAGCUCGUCCCCACCCCGGCAGCCCCGAGGGCCAAGGCGCAGCCUGUCGAGUCUAUCGUGCCCGGAAUGAGCGAGAAGGAGCUCAAGACAGCGACUCACCGUAACACGAUGCGCAACGAGGUCUACUACUGUGCCAUUGACCGCAUCAUUGUGCGCAAGACGGGUGCGCGCCCGCCCUCGCCCGAGCCCAAGAUCCGCAUGACCGCCGACCGCGAGGAAGAGGACCGCAAGCGCCAGCGUGACCAGCGCGCGCGUCGCCGUCAGCGCGGCAGUGGCGGCGACGAGCCGAUGAGCGAGGACGAAGAAGCCGUCCCGCUCAUCGAGCAGGUCGAGCAGCACCGCGCACCGGGCGACGAGGCAGACUACCAGACCCCUGCUCGGCCGCUGAAGCGUGCGCGCAUCGAGUCGAGCGACGACGAGGCAGACGACGAGCGGCCGAGCGUGCCAGAGCGGUACGUCCGCUGGAACCGGGCGCUCACGGUCAUCCGCGGCGGGCUCGGCGAGCACCGGCCCGUCCCCGCUGCCGCCUCGGCAUCGCCGUCCGCCACCCCGCAGCCUUCCGGCUCCGCCUCGGCCUCUGGAUCGGGCUCGUCAUCCACCUCUACGUCUGCCGCGGAGCAGCAGCUCCGCUCCUGCCUCCGCCCCAGCUCCAUGGUACCCCUGGACAAGCACGGCAACGUCCUCGAACGCCCGAUCGAGCGCCUCAAGCGCGCCAAAGUGCCCGUCACGGCCGUGUUCUACGACGGCGAGGAACCACUGCCUGUCCCGGCCUACAACCCGAAUUACAACCCGCGGUCCAAGAGCAAGAAGUAG